AUGUGCUUGUGUGUGUGUGUGUGUGUGUGUGUGUGUGUGUGUGUGUGUGUGUGUGUGUGUGUGUGUGUGUGUGUGUGUGUGUGUGUGUGUGUGUGUGUGUGCGUGCCAGCUUUAAGAGCAGUUGCUGAAAUGGCAAACUAUGUGCUGCUUGUUGGGGUUGACCAUCCGUUUCCUGGGGAGGGGUUGUCAGCCACCUGGCAGGUUUCUGUUUCUUGUUGUGGUGAAAUAUCCUUUUGGUACGUGGUGUCUUUCUAUGCGACCUUUCCAAAGCAUGAAACAGACAAGUGCCAGAGUCUUGGUCCUUUUGUGCCACAGGUUCUGUUGCUCAUGCCAAAUAUGUGCAGUGUUGUUUGUUCCUGUGUGCACAACACGCAACUCACAAGAAUCACGAACAACACAUCCAUGGAUCUGUUCUUUGCAUAA